CCAAUGUUUAUGUUAACCGUGUAAACAUAAACAAACAUUUUAUUGGGGAGGGGGAGGGUGAAUGGUCAUUGGUUUACCAGUAACAUUCAAUUGGAAAUAUAGUUGUGAAGAAGAAAUUUUAAACACAAUCAAUUUAAGUAUAACUUAUUGUAAAACAAACUAGUAUUACUUGGGAAAGGAUGUCUAGCUAUCAAUUCCCACCAUCUUCUCCCUUGAUUGGCGAUGCUGCUGAUUAUCAAGAACAUGACCCCUUCGCCGUGAAGGGAAAGGAUACAUUCCUUCAAAGAGGAAGAAGUAAACAAUAUCCUACGCCUAACCCUUCUUCGACCACUGGGAGAUCAUCUUCUCCUGUUAGAGCUGAAGAGGUUAAGUUUGAUCUUGCAGUCAAACCGAAAAAGGCUGUUUCUUUCAACUUGGAUGCUACUACCCCUGUUGCUGUGCCAAUGGCACAACCUAAACUGACUCAUCAAGUUAGCAUAAACAGAAACUUCAAUGUUUUGAACCCAGAUGCAAAUGUGUUGCGUGUUCCCUUAAGGGAAAAUGGAUCUAUUUUAAUUGGAAGGUCUUCAAAGUCUUGUGAUUAUCAUUUCAAAACUAUGGAUAAAACGAUCUCCAGAACCCAUUUAGCUGUCACUUGCAAGGAUGAACAUGUGAUCUUGGAAUGUAUGGGAUACAGUGGAUUCCUUAUAACAAUUCCUAAAGCUUGUUUAGUGUAUGGAUCCAACAAGACCAAUGAUUACAUCUUGAUGGAAACUCAAGGAUCUGCAUUGUCAUUCAAUGACUUACAAACGUUGGGUUAUAAAGUAACUCCACGUACAAUUAGUUUGGAUGCAAACCAUACUCAAUUUUUCGUCAACAGAUGUGAAAGGGUUACUUUACCUAAGAUCGACAAUAUAUUCGUUCAAAUCAGAGAUAAUGUGUUAUUAUUGAAUCCAGUUGAAGAUAUGGAAGAUGUUACAGAUGAUGAAGAGCCCACUUUAAUAGUUAAGCCAAGUGUCGUAUUAGAAAAGAUGACCCCUGUCAAAUCAUCUUUGAAAGUAACUCAACCACUUGCCGAAAUUGAAACUAAGCCUGUCGAUGUUGAACAGAAGGAGGUUAUCGCUGAGUCUAUCGAAAGAAAACAGUCUGACAAUGUGAACUUAGCUCCAAAGAAGAAAAUAUUCCAAGAGUUAAGUACUCCUAUCAAGUCUGUCAUGACUACCUCGUCGACUCCUGUCACUCCAGCAAAGUCUACCAAGUCAACUAUGAUCAACCUUAGAGCUACUUCGGAAGAACCAACACCAACUUAUUCACUAUUGGAUAAAUCAGAAUUGAACUUUCAAAUCUUUUCUGACGUAGAAGAUACUCCACUGAAAGAGGUCAUUGUACCUUCUAAAGCACAACCAUUAAAUGAUAUUACCCACGAGAAUUCUUUCACAUCAUCACCAAGCAAAAAGCCAAGCACAGGAGAAUUUGGAGGUAAGAGAAAGAAGAAGAAGACUAGUCCACAACCAAGACCUAUAAUUGACCAAUCUCUGAUUGAAGGUUUAACUAAUAUGUCAGAAAUCAAUAAUGUCUUGCUUAACCAUUUGGCAUUUUCAAGAUUAUCAUCUACGCCUGCUUCAUUUUUGAACACCAUCAGUGCUUUAACUUCUGAUUUAUCUUUGACUCAAAUGAGAGCUAUUUUGCAUAACUUGAAGCCAAUUGGAGUCAUUUACAGAGAGGGUAAGGAUGCUGCCGGUAAACCAUUGGAAGAAGAGUACUACUACAUCCCAGAGCAAGAUGAUGAUAUAGAGCGUCCAAAACUUGUUGCUAGUAUCAAGGGACAUGGGGGUUUGAGAUCUUGUAGAAGAACCCACAAGCAAUACUAUUGGAAAAAACCUGCACCAAUAAAGAAGUAGAGCACAAAUCCGAGU